AGAAAGGUAGAUGAUAAAAAAGUAGAUGCCGUACGGUAGCAUAGGGUAGAUGGUAGAUGGUGGGCGGUACAACAUAAGUCAUGUUGGUUGGUCGGCUUCUAUUUCAGAAAAGUUGCACCAUUGUUGCUAAAGAAGCGAGUAUAAACUUUGGACACCUACAAGUUUUGAACAAGUUCAAGCCUAUCAGCAAAAAUUCAGUUACAUUCUCAAACUUGAGAAAUUAUUCAUUUUCAAAGAUGGACGGUGAUAAGCACAGCAAGAAGAAAACGUUGGAGAAUGCUAACUGGAAAAUUCUAGUUUUGCCAGCCGCCCAAGAUAACUUGAUGUACUUGAUUGUGGACAAGGGAAGCAAGGAAGCAUUUGCGGUCGAUCCUUUGGAUCCCGAGUAUAUGCUGAAAGAAGCCAAGGAUCAGAAGGCAACGUUGACUGGGAUUCUUACGACUCAUCAUCAUGCUGAUCACGCUGGAGGAAACAAGAAACUGGUGGAACUUGUUGCAAGUGAAGGAGGAAAGCUUGCCGUUUAUGGUGGUGACGAUAGAAUUGAUGCACUGACAAAUAAGGUGGGACAAGACGAUAAAAUUACUUUGGGAUCAUUGGAGUUCGACUGCCUUUUCACACCUUGUCAUACAUCCGGUCAUAUCUGCUAUUAUCUGAAAACUGCAAAUCCUGUAGUUCAGAAGCCUGCUGUUUUCACUGGCGACACAUUGUUCAUCGCUGGAUGUGGACGCUUCUUUGAGGGAACCGCGGAACAAAUGCAUGACGCCUUGAUUGAGAAGCUGGGAAAUUUGCCGAACGAGACCAACGUUCUAUGCGGGCACGAGUACACUAUAGGCAACUUGAAGUUUGCCCUAAGCGUGGAGCCGGACAAUGAGUACAUGCAGGAUAAAAUAUCCUGGGCUCGGGACCAAAGGACAGAGCUAAAUGUCACCGUUCCAUCCACGAUUGGCGAAGAGAAGAGGAUCAAUCCAUUUAUGCGAUGCAUUGCUCCAGAAGUUCAAAAGAAACUUGGAAUUUCUGAUCCUGUUACUUUGUUGGGAAAACUUCGUGAAAUGAAGGACAACUAUAAACCUUAAUGUGUGACGAAGAAGCAAACAAUCCAACCCAAAUCAUAAAUUCCAAAACAUGCAUUCUAUAAAUUAUAAGAACAACAGUACUAUAUAAUUACUUUGUUGUCUAAGAUGUUUCGCUUCUAAAAAUUUCUGUUAGCUUUAAUUUCUUGUAAUCAGAACUUAGGUAUAAUUGUCCUAUCCAUUUGGUGCUUGGUAAAUCACUAAUCCUUUAUUUUCUGUUAAUCGGUAAUAAAGUAUGAUAUUUUUGUUGGAUUGAAGUGCAUAUGGAA